UUUUUGCGUCUCGAGCAGCGUCGUAUUGUCACACAAGUUGUCCGCCGAAUUUUUUGUCCAGCCCUUCGUGGCCUCCUAGAGCACGGAUUGAUUGAGCGCCUUGCAUCUAGCUCUUCCGACGGGGCUAGUUCGGGUCAACCCGUGGCUCGGCGAUUCUCCAGCGUCGCAAGUCUGAUACUUCCCCUUACUGGCUGCCUCUCGCUAAAUCGAACUUCCGAAACGUCUGUGAAUAGCACUUAUGAUGACUCUCCAUAUGACACUGAAGAGCCUAGUUUUUCUGCCGUUUUGUCUCGGCGUAAUGCUUCCCGGAAAAACAGGCAGCCGGACAAUGUCGGUCCUGUUUCUGGAGCUGCUAAAACUUGGAGACAGCCAAAUCAAAAUCAUCACAUAGAAAAAAAUACGGAUAAAUUCAAAGAUGAACUUGAGACGAGUCUCGGCUCGAUCGAACCUCGUAAUGGUUCGAUGUUGGUUCAAACCGUAGCUAUUGGUGGCGGUGUAUUUCUUCCAUCUUCCAGGGGCCCUCAUAUAUGGCAGAUCUUUCUCAAGUUUUAUGAGAUGAAGGUAAUUACAUAUAAUUAG